UUGCGGGAAGCUGUCUCACAGUUUACCGAGUGUUUACAAAACAGACACUGUUCAAUACAUUAUAUUAAUACAUUUUUUUCAGUGUCAAUUCAACUGAAGUUAACUGUGUUUGCCUGGAAUAAUGUGCUAGAAGUCUCCAGGACUGGACGACGUUAGCAGCGCUAUCCAGCUAGCCCGGCACGGUAUCUGACAGCUAAACAGACGCUGCUAACUCCCCUGUGAUCAUGAGUGCUAAAAAGGGCAGGCGAGCCAAGAUGCCUGCAGUGCCACCAGAAGAGAAGGAGAAAGAUCCAGAUUUUGGCAACCUGGAUGCUUCCAACCUGUCCUCCAUUGAGCGAGCUAGUUUCCUCGAGCAAGUGCAGCAGAAUUAUGGUAACCCUCUUCACAGUACCGCCAUGGAAGAAGACUUAAACCCUCCAGAGGAUGAAAAGAUACACAAGGGAGGAAGAGGAGUCACAAAGGGCGCUCCUCACAAAGGGAGGACCGCUGCUGCGAAACAGCGUGGAGCCAGUGUGCAGAAGAAGAAAAAAGGGAGCGAUGGAGAGAACAAAAUGAGGAAGGAGAGGACAAAUAUAGGAGGGAAGGUCAAAGCCAGGUCUGCUCUGAGCAGGUCUGGGAAAGAAGGAGGGAAGAAGAGAAAGAAGGAGGCAAUUGAGGAGGAAAUACAAGAGUCAGAUGGGGAGGAGGAGGAGGAGGAGGAGGAGGAAGAGGAGUCAGAUCAAGGCCCUGCGCCUAAGAAGAGCAAUCAACCAGUCGCAUCAUCCAGAGGGGCGACAGCCAAUGGUAUCAAACGCCCAGCCAAGAAGAGGAGGAGUCUUGGACAGAAGCCUGCCGAAAGACCUGUGAAGAAUGGAGGGAUGAAGAUGGAGAAGAGGAGAAAGAAGUCUGGCAGCAGAGAGCCCGGUGACCUCCAAUCACAGGAAUCGGACUCUGAUGCUGCACAGCAACACCGUCGGCCAGUCCUGUCCUCUGAAGAGGCAACGGACGAGGACCUGGACCGGACACCCAGUCAGAAGAGAGGCAGAGCCAGAGCCAGAGCCAGGAAGUCUUCCUCUGAUAGGGCUGCAAACAGGAAGUCAUCAUCAGCCAGUGGAUCUCCUGAGCCCAAAGAGACCAUCAGGGAGCGGCGGAGGAAGGAGGGGCGAGGUCAACAGGGAGCAACAGAGUUAGAGGUGGUGCUGGAUGCCUUCCUUGAUUUCUGUGACCAGUACAGGGAGUCAGUGGAGUCUAAAGCCAUCAAACGAGCCAUUGAUUCUCUUUCUUCUUCUGUCAAGGACCAACUAACUAAACAGAUCACAGAAUCCAAGGAGCUCAAGGUCUUAAUAAGAGACAAGGCCAAGGUGGACUCCUUGAUCCGUAAGAAGAGACAGAGACUGUUGGAUGCCAAGUAUGAGCUGAUCAGAGCUGAACAGCAGGUGCGGUCAUUGCAGAAAGUGGAAGUGGGACUGGAGCAACGAUUGACUGAUCUGAGACGAAGCCAAGCCUUCCUUCGUGACAUCAGAGACCUUAACAGACAAUAUCUGAAACACCGACACACACACCCCAAAGAAAAAGAGAAGUACGGGGCGUCCAGCCUACCAGCUCUACUUCUGGAAACCAAGUACAUUCUUGGGGCAGAGCAUCAGCUGAGAGGAAUCAAUAACCAAAUAGAAAAAAGACUGAAGGAGGCCGGGAAAUAGCCUGGACAACAUGAGAAAAGGCUGUGCUUCAUGCACAGCUGUCCUAAAUCUCUUCAAAAACAGAGAAGGUUAAGGUGACCUGGGAGUUACCGAGUGAAAACAUUUUUUUCUGGUUUAUCCGUCUCUUUUAUUAUAUUAGUUACCCUUACAUACACCGCCUCAAACUUGCAUAUUCAGUCAGAGUUUUCAUGUGGAUUCACAAGAGGCACAUGUGGUAAAACUUUGCGGGUGGAAGCCAUUAUAGGCCCCAAUGCAAUAUAAAGCUAAUGGAAGGCAUUGACAAGCAGAGGCUGGCAGUUUUGGAUGGUGUGUUGUGACUGUUCUCACAAGUGGCCCUGAGAUCCAUUUAUUACUGGCAGCACUGUGCCAAGUCACAUCAUAGACAUGAGCAAGAUUUUAAAUGCAUUGAAUAAAAAUGUUUUUGCCAUGUGUGUUUUCUGUUCUGUUGAUGGAAAAGAGAGGGAGGAUGUGUUCCACCUGCAUAUUCUGUCUGAGUAGACGGAAUUUACUCACUAUUUAAUAACUAAGACCUUUCUUAUUAAA